UCGUAACUUUCCUUCUGCAUCCCACGACACUCAUCUCAAAGCAACUCAGCCGACAAGAUGAGAGCCAAAUGGAGGAAGAAGCGCGUCAGGAGGCUUAAGCGUAAGAGAAGAAAGACGAGGCAAAUAAACGUCUCGCCCCCAAUCUCAGCAUCCACCACCUCAGUCCUGAACGAUAACGAUCACUGCACGCUCCGAUCUGCGCACCACCUUCUGUCCGCUCAACUCACUGUUCACUCGACUACGUUGCCUAGCUACGUCAUACGGCAGACACGCGACACGAGCUUAAAUCAAUCCACGGAAGGCGACUGCUAGGCUAAGGAUGGCAUUGGAUGUUGGUCAAUUUACCU